AUGUGGCAGGCACCACCAUCGCCAUCACCAUCAUCACCACCAUCACCAUCACCAACGUCAGCACCACCAUCACCAUCACCAACAUCACCACGACCACCAUCACCAACAUCAGCACCACCAUCACCAUCACCAUCACCAACAUCACCACCAUCACCAUUACCAACAUCACCAUCACCACCAUCACUAUCACCAAUAUCACCAUCACCAACAUCAGCACCACCAUCACCACCACCACCACCACCACCACCAUCACCAUCACCACCACCACCACCAUCACCACCACCACCACCAUCGCCAUCACCAUCACCACCACCACCAUCACCAUCACCAACAUCAGCACCACCAUCACCACCAUCAUCAUCACCACCGUCGCCACCAUCACCAACAUCACCACGAUCACCAUCACCAACAUUACCACCAUCACCAUCACCACCAUCACCAACGUCACCAGCAUCACCACGAUCACCAUCACCAACAUUACCACCAUCGCCAUCACCAUCACCACCAUCACCAUCACCAACAUCAGCACCACCAUCACUAUCACCAACAUCACCACCAUCACCAUUACCAACAUCAGCACCAUCAUCACCAUCACCACCAUCACCAUCACCAAUAUCACCAUCACCAACAUCAGCACCACCAUCACCACCACCACCACCAUCACCAUCACCACCACAACCACCACCACCAUCACCAUCACCAACAUCAGUACCACGAUCACCAUCACCAACAUCACCACCAUUGCCAUCACCAACAUCACCACCACCACCACCAUCACCAUCACCAACAUCAGCACCACCAUCACCACCAUCACCACUGUCACCACCAUCACCAACAUCACCAUCACCACCGUCACCAACAUUACCACCAUCACCAUCACCACCAUCACCAACAUCACCAACAUCACCACCAUCGCCAUCACCAACAUUACCACCAUCGCCAUCACCACCACCACCACCACCACCACCAUAUUCACCAUCACUAAAAGACUUUGCAGGUGUGAUUAAGGUUAAGGUCCUUGAGAAGGAGCGAUUUUCCUGGAUUAUCCAGGAAGCCAAGCCCUUCUUGGACCAGAACCCCAAGCGGACCAAACUGCCCGCAGAUAUCCCCCAGCAUUCAGGACCCCAUCAGCAAACCACGGCCCCGCUGAGAGCUGGGUUUUCGGCCACAGUAAUGGCAGUCUGGAUCAGCCGCGGCUUGAAGGAGGCGGUGCUGAGACCCUCCUUGUUCCCGGACACCUGCCAGACUUCCGGGGGUCUUCAGCUAAAAGGGCAGACCCCACCCAGCCCCUUCAAAGUACCGAAGAAGAAUAAUCAAGACGGCGAGGACAGCAGGAAGAGCAGGGGCACGUGCCUGCUGCGUGAUGAGCGCCCUUAA